GCCCUCCUCUCUUCUUCACUCUAUCACGGGACGUGGGGGUUGUGUGGCGGAUAGGAUAGGGAGCUAACCUAGUUAAGUUUGGAGAUAACUUUUAUACGUUUUAACAAGGGUGUUGGACAUUGAAAACGUAUUUGCUCCAGUUGGACAGUUUCAUAAGUAAGCACAAUGGCUGGGCUCAAGUACCUGAGUGGGUUUGGGAAUGAGUUCUCCUCUGAAGACCCUCGCUGUCCAGGAGCCUUACCUGAAGGACAGAACAACCCUCAGGUGUGUCCCUACGGUCUCUACGCUGAACAACUCUCCGGCUCCGCUUUCACCUGCCCACGGCCAACCAAUAAGAGGAGCUGGUUCUACCGUAUCCUGCCAUCUGUCCGUCACAAGCCCUACACCGCAAUGCACUGUGGGAGCCUAACAGAGAAGUGGGAUGAAGUGGAACCUGACCCUAACCAGCUACGAUGGCUGCCAUUCACCAUCCCCAAAUCCUCAGAAAAGAAAGUGGACUUUGUGACAGGUCUGCACACCCUAUGUGGAGCAGGAGACGCCAAGUCCCGCAACGGGAUCGGCAUCCACAUGUUCACCUGCAACAUCUCCAUGAUUGACAGUUGUUUCAACAACUCCGAUGGAGACUUUCUCAUUGUGCCCCAGCAGGGGGAGAUUCUGGUCACUACAGAGUUUGGGAAGAUGAUGGUGGAACCCAACGAGAUCUGUGUCAUCCAGCAAGGAAUGCGUUUCAGUGUGGAUGUGUUCGGGGAGACCAGAGGCUACGUGUUGGAGGUGUACGGAGCGCACUUUGAGCUCCCCGACCUGGGACCCAUAGGGGGCAACGGACUGGCCAAUCCCAGGGACUUCGUAACUCCGGUGGCGUGGUAUGAGGACCGCGAGGUAGCCACAGGCUACACUGUUAUCAACAAGUACCAGGGCAAGCUCUUCUCCAGCCAACAGGAUUUCUCUCCCUUCAAUGUGGUGGCGUGGCACGGGAACUACACACCGUACAAAUACAACCUGGAGAACUUCAUGGUCAUCAACUGUGUGGCCUUCGAUCAUGCGGAUCCUUCCAUCUUCACAGUGUUGACGGCCAAGUCCACUCGUCCAGGAGUCGCCAUCGCUGACUUUGUCAUCUUCCCCCCGCGCUGGGGAGUGGCCGACCACACAUUCAGACCCCCCUACUACCACAGGAACUGUAUGAGUGAGUUCAUGGGGCUGAUCAAGGGCCACUAUGAGGCCAAGGAGGAGGGCUUCCAGCCAGGAGGGGGUAGUCUCCACAGCAUGAUGACCCCUCACGGUCCUGACAGAGACUGCUUCGAGAAGAACAGCACCGCUCCCCUCAAACCAGAGAGGGUGGCCGAGGGGACCAUGGCCUUCAUGUUUGAGUCGUCGUUCAGCAUGGCGGUAACUAAGUGGGGUCUAGAGACGUGUCAGAGACUGGACAAGAGCUACUGGCAGUGCUGGGAGCCGCUCCGCAAACACUUUGACCCCAACUGGAGGCCCAGGAAACAGUAGAGCAGAGGCAGAACAGUCAUUGUUUCCCCUAGAUCACCCAGAAGAUAAUCUAGGAUUUAAUGUAAUACCACUAAACUGUGGCUCAAUAGAUUUUAUAUAAUGGCAUUGUUUAAUACUCAUUUCUGAUUGGCUUGAAGGGCAUUCUGGAGCUCUAGAAUUCAAUGGCUCUAGUUCAUUCUUACAUGUUCUAUGUUUGAGCUGCUUUUGAUAGCAAAAGUCGAAUUGAAGACAUUUUCGGCAUUGUUGAAUUCGAUUUUCAAAAUAGCAAGCUAGGACUGAUGGUUUGGUUAGCUAAACUAGUGCGUCGUGGAACACACCUUCCACGUCAUUCAUUAUUUUUCCUUAGAACACAUAGCCUCUCGUUGAUUAUCCCUUACAUAUCACUCACAGCAUAAUAUUGAGUGCUUGGGUAAUUUGGUCUAUGCCCGUUUCUUUGACUGACCAGUUCAUUGAUAAAAAAUUGUACUGGACAGAAAUGAAUAAAUACCCUGGAAGUCUUA